AUGGGAGCCCUUAAUCUCAAAUUCUCGUUACUUUUAAGCUUAGUUUUUAUUGUCGCAGGACAAGAGGAUAAACCGGUGAUUAAUCUCCCACCGAGUUUGAUCCAAUGUCUUCCGAUAGCCUUGACGGUUGGAGGAGGCGAAGCGCCAUAUUAUGUAUCUAUUCUACCUGGAGGUUCACCUGGAGCACCACCUUUGGAAACAUUUCCAACCAUGAGUCUACCAGGUCAAUUAACCUGGAUUGUCGAUCAAGCACCUGGAACACAAUUAACAUUUCAAGUAAGAGAUAACAAAGGAAUUAUAAAUUAUUCACAAAUCUCUACAGUCCUUGCCGGAGGAGACUGUAGUCAUGUUACACCUCUUGGAAUGAUUAAUUCUGGAGACGGAGCCACAAAGAGUCCAACAAAUCAAACUUCUACUCAAUCCAAUCCUGCUCCAAUUCCAAUCACACCACCACCUUCAACUACCGCAAGUCCCCCACUCACACCAACCAAACCAUCAAACAGUUCAUCUAUAUCACCUCUUCCUGGGGCCGCCAAUGCAACCAGUACCCCCAAAACCAAUGCUACAACCAUUAGCAACACCCCGCCUCCUUCUAGCAUUACACCGAUACCGGGUCAACCUCCUGUUUCACCAACGAUACCUAACACUACCUCAGGACCUAAAACUCCUACUGUGGUAACUCCCGCUAUUAAUCCAAAGAAUGUAACCAAUACAAACAUUCCGAAAGAUAAAGCUAAACAAGGUGAUGGGAAUCGAUUUAAGAUUGAUUCUCAUAUGAUGCUUAUCAGUUUAAUAUCUAUAAUCAUUUUCAGUAUAGUUUAG